ACGUGAUGGAGACGUUCCCGAGACUUUCGCGUGAUCGUGACGUCACCCACGGCCUCUUCUCAACAGGGAACUAGCAACUAUCGUUAGGGGGGAUUACAAAGGCUAAAUGAGAGGAGAGUGGUAUAUACUAAAAUCGCACCAUUCGUUUAGCCGAAAGGUUAGCUCCUGCUUUAUGAGUACGUUCGGAACAAGACCAGCAAAACUAUCGCACUUGCCUGGAGAUAAUUCAAUUAAUUCUCUUUUGCUGCAAGAAUUGUGUGCUCAGUUCCAUGGCAGGCAUUAAAGCUCUGGUCAGCCUGUCGUUUGGUGGAGCAAUAGGACUGAUGUUUCUGAUGCUGGGAUGUGCCUUGCCACAAUACAACAAGUACUGGCCACUUUUUGUCUUGUUCUUCUACAUUCUUGCACCAAUUCCAUACUGCAUAGCAAGAAGAGUGGUGGAUGAUACAGACGCAGCAAGCAAUGCUUGCAAGGAGCUUGCUAUAUUCCUCACUACUGGAAUUGUUGUCUCUGCAUUUGGACUUCCCAUUGUCUUUGCCAGAGUACAAGUGAUUGAGUGGGGAGCGUGUGCCCUGGUCCUUACAGGAAACAUGGUUAUCUUUUCUACCAUUUUAGGAUUCUUUUUAGUCUUUGGAAAUAAUGAUGAUUUCAGUUGGCAACAGUGGUGAAAUGCAAUGUGUGGAACUGUCUGCAAGCAACCAUUUAUGCCCAAUAUGUUUCCAUCCGUUCAAUGCAAAGAAGGAAGAGAGGGCACAGAAAUAACCAGUUUUACCCUGGGAGUGAUGUGUGCAUUCUGAAACAUAACCAUAAACUUUGCCAUGGACAUGCAUAGUGGGCUGCCAGGAAUGCGCUAAUACGAUGAAAAUAUUCUUCCUUUUUAUUUCUAUUUGUGUUUUAUUCAGAAUUGUUUCUGUAUAGUUUUGGUUUAAAAUGUCAUUCUUUUUUACAGUAUUUUUCAUGUUGGCCUACUUUUUUUACUUUGAAGGUCAUUGAAGGUAUGUAUGGGGCCCUUGGGUCUAUUCCGUUGGGAUCACUACUGACAACUAGAGAUAUAUAGGCACUUUUAAUUUAUAAGCCAUUUUAGAGGCUUCUUCUUUACAAUGACUGUUCAUAGCACUGAAAUUAUCCAAAUAGCUUGUUCUGUUUGCCUUCCUGCACAGCUUGCAAUAAGUUUUUUUCCUGCUUUUUUAUCAAUGUAGUAAUAGUCACUGACGUUGCAUGUAAGUAGCUAAGAAUGUUUUAGUUUUCUGUAGUUCCGGGCAUGGUUUAAACCCUUACCAAAAAAUAUUGUCAUAUAUGACUAGUUCAUAUUCUGGUUUUCCUUAAACAUUCAUGUAGGCACUGAUUUAAAAUUAUUAUAAUAUCCCCUUAUGUUAUUUAUGUGAUUAUCAAAGGUACCAGUCUGCAUUUGUUUUGGUUAAGACUCCUGUUGCCGUGUGUAGUGACUGAACACAGAAUGAAGAAAUGUCAGGCAAUGAAAAAUGCUGUAGAUAACUCAGUAGCAGCCCCUGAAUUUCAGGGGCAGGAUCCUCUUCUUUCUUCAUAGAGAAAAAAAUGUAUGAAUCAUAAAUAAAAAUCUAAUACUGCCUAUA